AUGGGCUCACCCCUCGGCCCAGUCCUCGCAAAUGCCUUCAUGGGCAAAGUCGAGAUGACAAGUUUACAAGACACCAUUAAUGACCUCAGAUUCUACGGUCGGUACGUGGACGAUAUUUUCUGCCUGACGGAUGUUACCACCGACACAGACGCCCUGAUUCAACAAUUCACACCCCUCGCUAACGUUCUCUGCAGAGUUUGAGGCAGACAAUGAAAUCGCGUUCCUGGACGUUCUUCUGCACAGACAAGAAGAUGGAUCUAUCCAACGUAGGGUAUUCCAAAAGAAAACCUGGACGGGACAUUACAUUUCUUUUCACAGUUUUGUUCCCCUAAAUAUUAAACGCAAUUUGGUCCAGGGAUUGGCAGCUAGAGUGCGAUGCAUCUGCUCUCCUGAGACUGUGGAGGCAGAACGCCAGCAGCUGCGGGAUACACUCCACGAAAACGGAUAUCCAGAAAGAUUUAUCCUUCGAAAUAUAGGGGAGCGCACUGCAAAACCUACCAUGGCAACUGCAGAAAAGAAGGACUUAUUUAUAAGAUUGCCUUUUCAAGGAGACGCAGCAAGUGAACUGGUAAAAAGACGUCUGAAGACAGCGAUCACUAGCGCUUUCCCCGCGGCGAACUUACGUGUAUGUUUCACUAACUCUCCCCUCCUACGCUUGGGAGGUAAAGACCGACUCCCGUUGCAGGCCACAUCGAUGUGUAUUUAUUCAUUCACUGGCUUCUGUGGAGCGGGGUACAUUGGUCGUACAACGAGGCGCUUGGAAAAGAGGGUACGUGGACACAUACCGGUCUAGCUAGGCAAAGUUGAAAAGAAAUCGAUCUCGAGUUCUAUUCUCGCACAUCUUUUCGAUACGAAUCACCGAGUCGAUGCCAAAGAAGCCUUUCAGAUUGUCGACCGGAUACCAGGAAGCUUCUCCAGAGGCCUACGCCAACGGGUGCUAGCUACAGCCGAGGCAGUGGCUAUAGGGCUAGAAAAUCCAGUGCCAUGCUGUCAGAAGACUCUGACACAGGCGCUCUGACUUCCGUGGCCAACGCCGACCCCAAUGUCGCCCCAACCUCCUGAUGGCAGGGUGUGUGCACAACGUACCCGACGUACUCACAGCCUAUGUCCCCCCUCUCCCUCGCCCCUUUGACCCAAUGACCACGACACGCCGACCACGCCAUAGCACGCCUCGUCAUGCGAGUGGCGUGGGAACGAUGAUUGGCGGGUGAGCGAUGGAUGUUAAUUGUCCCCCAAUCACUUGUAAGCCAUGUAAUUCGCAUAACUUAAACUUCUUUGUAACCGUUUUGGCCUGAUGAAGAGUUACCGUAAACACGUGUUCGCCAAUUUGACUUUUGAAAUUGUGCACUGUUUGACAAUAUUAUUUUUCGAAGAAUAGAGGAGGCAAACACACGAAAAUUCCUUGUUAACCUAUAUAAUGCUCGUUCAUGCAGACUACUCUAUUAGUAAAGUAGCACUAAUUGGCAGCUUUCAAAAAUCUUCUUAAAUUAUAUUUUGGAUAAAUGCCCACUAACAAUUUUGUAGAUAGUGGAUAGUUGAAAGUCUCAUAUUGAGCGAAAUCUCCCACAAUGUCUUGCAGAUAUUUGGGCGCUCAAAGGGACUCCAACGUACGGACUGGCUAAGUGGCUGUUCCGGCGUCUCAAGUUCCUGACCGCUGAGUCAGACACCACGGUCUCUUCGCCAGCAAAAUUCCAGGAGAAACUCAAAGGGGCAAGCCUCCAUCCAAAUGCGGUUAUGGUAUCUUUUUAUGUUACACCCCCUUUUUACUUCUAUUCCCCAGGACCUGGCGAUCGAGACAAUUGAGCUGCUACUACAAAGCAAAUACGAUGAAACGGAGAAUUGUCCUGUACACGCCCAAAUCCUUCAGCACCUGAAGCUCUGUCUCAGGACGUACUUCACGUUCGACGGGACAAUCUACGAACAGGUGAAGGGCACACCAAUGGGUUCACCGAUUUCGGGGUUCAUCGUUGAGGCGGUCCUGCAACGGUUAGAGUCGCUGAUCUUCCAACACCACAGGCCGAAAUUCUGGACACGGUAUGCAGAUGAUACUUUCGUCGUCAUCAAUCGGGAUCAGGUGCUGACGUUCAAAAACCAUCUCAACGCCGUCUUCCCGGACAUACAAUUUACGAUGGAGGAGGAAGAGAACAACCAGCUGGCCUUCCUGGAUGUCCUCGUAUGCCGCAAGGAUUGUGGUGGACUAAAGACCAAAGUGUUCAGGAAAGCGACAAAUACGAUGCAAGUACUGAACUUCAACAGCAACCACCCAAUCAGCCACAGACGCAGUUGUGUAAGGACGCUCUAUCGGCAUGUCGAAACGCACUGCAGGGAGCCGGAAGACAAGAUCACUGAAAUCCAGUAAGUGGGCUAACUUAUGAAAACUCAACAGAAAUUCCGAAAUGCGUUUCCGUUUCGACAAGAUUAAUUAAGUAGGAUUGUAAAACUAAAUAUCAAGCAGCAUAAAUUCAUAAUAAUUCAGUUACCUCAGGAUGCUAGCUUUCGAGCGAACUUCUUCCCGACUGUAUCUAAAAACUAAACUCCCUGGAAAAUGACUACUUAUGCAGUAUGCAUUUUUUUAUUGAUUUCCGAUACCCUUAAAGAUUCAUUUAUAUUUCAUGAAAAACAUACAUAAGAAGGCUACAUCAGAGGCUGAAUAAUGUCUUUCCGGCCAUACACUUCACCCACGAAGAGGCAGAAGGAGACAGUCUGUCGUUUCUGGACGUAAAAAUACAGAGGCAGGCCGACGGCAAUCUCGCAACUAGCGUCCAUAGAAAAGAGUCUGAUUCUGAGAUCAUCUUUAAUUAUGGAAGCAAUCACCCUGCGGCUCACAAAGGAAGCUGCGUCCGAACUCUCUUCCACCGGGCCUACGUUAUUGCAGCAAUGACGAUCUGCUGAAGAAAGAACUAGGUUAUAUAUAUCGGCUAUUUCGAUCUAACGGGUACCCGGUCAGUUUUGUGAAGAACUACCUCAGGCGUCGGGCACAAACUCGAGGCCCCUCUUCAGAUGGAGAAACCGUGACCGAGAAAUUCCUCCCCCUGCCCUAUAUGCAGGGCACCUCAGAACUGAUCGCCCGUCAGCUAAAUCACUUCGGUAUCCGCGUUUCCCACAAGCCUGCGUCCUCGCUGCGCACAGUCUUAAUUCGAGUAAAGGAUUCUAUCUCCAAAGAGGAACAGACUAACGUCCUCUAUCGCAUCCCGUGUGCCAACUGUCCCUGCGUAUAUGUUGGUCAUACAGGACUAGCUGUCUGUUGUCGUGAUCCAGUGCGACCACCGUUUUAAUUGGGAUAACACCGAGGUCAACGCCACGGCCAACACAAAACGGGCGAGAGAAGUCCUAGAGGCAUGGCACUCUAACGCGGACAGCAUCAACCGCCACGUUGACCUAGACGCCCAUUAUGAGGGCCUAAGAUCACGCCUCACUAAGCCGAGCCCCACGCCGCAUCAGCAGCCGUUAAUCCAGGCGCCCGCAGCUCUGCCAACCAACCAUUCUCCCUCCCCUCCAACACGGGGAGCCGUAACGUUUCCCCCCUCCCCCUUCCUGCCCUCCCGGCUCAGAACCCAGCAUGACGCCCCCAUCCCUCCUCACACGCUGAUGGUCUGCCCGUCCAUGUUUGUCCUGUCGCGUCUACUAGUCUAG